AUGGUUCGUUCAAGGCCUAUUGUCCAAGAUCUUCUCGCCGAUCUCCCAACCGACGCCGAAGCCGCACCAGUGCAAUCAAUGCUUCCCCCCAAACCAAAGAAAGUGAAAAAGGCUCAGCCUAAGGCCAAGGCUACAGAUGCUGAGGCUGAGGAUGCUUUGCCGAUUUCUAAACUUGCAGAAAGCAAAAGAUCAACACCAAGAGAUGAAGAUGUCCACCUCUAUCCCCUUCCUCGAACAAUUAAAGAGGGCAAGAGAACAGAUCUGAAAAAACUUCUUGGCCUCCCAAUCCUCAAACGAAAAGCCCCACUUUUACUAAAUUUCAUCCCUACAUACAAGUCCACUUUACCCGACGUCCCAAGAAAAAGGAAGAAGAGUCUUUCUCCACCCACAGCCACAACCUUAACUGCUUCCACAUCCCGAACUGAUCAAGAGUCCACAUCUGACCCCGCCGACCUUCCAUCAACUUCGGCCCCUUACUUGAUACCAAUUCCUGAACAUAAACGCCGACGAAGGCUAGUAAAGACUGCUGAGAUGGUUCGUUCAAGGCCUAUUGUCCAAGAUCUUCUCGCUGAUCUCCCAACCGACGCCGAAGCCGCACCAGUGCAAUCAAUGCUCCCCCCCAAACCAAAGAAAGUGAAAAAGGCUCAGCCUAAGGCCAAGGCUACAGAUGCUGAGGCUGAGGAUGCUUUGCCGAUUUCUAAACUUGCAGAAACUCUUCUUCUACCAAAUGACUUGGAGCGAAAUGCCAAGUUUAGUGAGUAUGAAAAUUACGCUCUUAUGCUUCAACAUUCUGCUCAAGCUAUUCAACAUGCCCACUCAUUUUCAAUGCAAUCCUUUGAAAAUCGUCAAAGGUUGGUUGAUAUGAAAAGGGAAGCAUCCUCUAUGAAGAGAGAGAUCAAAUCUCUUGAAGCAAAAAUGAAAAAGUUGGAGGAUCAAGCCGAGGCUGCAACCAAAGCUCAAACUCUAGCUCUUGAGAAAGCCGAAGCUGCUGAGGCCGUUAGAAAAGUUGCUGAGGCCGAGAAAAGAGAGGCUGAGGCUGGGAAAGCUCAAGCGGAAAAAGAACUCCAGCAGGCUCUGGCCACCAAAGAGGCCGAGGUCAAGGAGGCCGAUGAAAAGGCUUAUGCGCAAGAAAGGAGUGUUGAGUCAACAAUCGCUGAGAUUGAUGCCGAGAUAGAAGCGGAGAAAGUGGCCGAGGAGAUUCCACCUGAAUCGUUCGAGGUCCCAGUUCCUGCUGUUGCUGAUGCACAAGAGUCUUGA